CCUUGGGUCCGCGAAGGUUGGCCGACCACGACCGGUGUGGCUGUGGCGUGCGUGGGACAGUCGCACAUGUGUCCUGGCGAGGGUAAGGACACCUGCCCACCUCCCUGCCUACCUGAGGAAUCCACAAGCCUUCGCUACUCGGCUACCGACACAGAAGCAAGAACCUAUUGUUUUUUCUUUCGCCGGCACGACGCUCCACCGCAACCAUGAUCGGCCUGAAGGAGCUGUUCUUUAAUGGAAGGUGUCGGGGUGUCGGCCGUGGGCAGAAUCCUCAGGCGGUCAGCCAUGAGUAGCGGGGAGCGGGGCCGGUUCGCGGGUGUGGCGUACAGCAUGAUAGGGGCGGAGGAGGGGCCCGCCGUUGAGCUGCAGAUGGACAACCGAGGCUUUGAGAAGGAGGACCGAAGGGGAAGUGACGGGGAGAUCCAUCCUGCGGCGCCCGCGGUUGAGAACCAGAAUUUGGCCGCUGACUGCCCCUGCGUGGAGAGCCAGACGGACUGUUCCUGCGACAAGACCAAGCACCAGGGCCCCAAGACUGAGGUGAAGACGUGGGUCAAGCCGAAGGGCCUGCUGCUGGUGGGGGUGAGUGUGGCGCUCAUCGCCUGGUGCACCAUCUACUUCACCCUCAACGCCCUGGACCUGCUGUAACGCCUUCACGCAAGAAAGCUUUCCACCGCGGCCUCUGAAGAAGCUCCAUGUACUUCUGAAUGGAAAAAACAAUGAAAAAAAUUUCUUCGGAUAAAGCUGGAAUGCUUGUGCGUGAAACUUAAGACAAGUGGGGAGUCUCUCGUGGUGAAUUUUUAUAUAUAUAU